AUGCCCCACCUGACGGCGGCUAACAAGUCACUGGCUGAUGACGGAGUGACACGCGGACAAGAGGACAGUGCAUGCUGUGGACUGAAUUGUCCUCCCAGAAUCCCUUUAUUGAGACCUAGCCCCACUGUGAUGGAACCGUGGAGUAUGCAGCACAUCCCGGCACUGUUCUCAGCCUUCUGUGGCCUCUUGGUCGUGCUGUCCUACCACCUGAGCCGGCAGACCAGUGACCCCUCUGUGCUGCUGUCCUUGAUUCAAUGUAAAUGGUUUCCUAAAUUUUUACGUGAGGAUCUGGAAGAGUCGGCUGCAGACCCUCUCUCCGAGAAGAUGAAAGAUUCAGUGAAGGACAUCUUAAAAUCGGAUCUCCUCGUCUGCUCGGUGGUUGCUGUCCUGUCUUUUGCAGUCAGUGCCAGCACGGUCUUCCUGUCACUUCGACCCGUGCUCAGCGCCGUGCUGUUUGCCCUGGCGGGCACCAUGGGCAUGGUGGCUCACUACCUGCUCCCUCAGCUGCGCAAGCACCACCCCUGGCUGUGGAUGUCACACCCCGUCCUCAGAAACAGAGAGCAUGGGCAGCGCGAACUGAGAGAUGUCGCCCAUUUAAUGUGGUUUGAAAGACUCUAUGUUUGGCUUCAGUGUUUUGAAAAAUAUAUCUUGUACCCAGCAAUAAUUCUGAACGCCCUCACGAUUGAUGCCUUUCUGAUAAGCAAUUACCGGAGACUCGGUACCCACUGGGACAUCUUCCUGAUGAUCAGCGCCGGCAUGAAGCUGCUACGGACCUCCUUCUGCAACCCGCUUCACCAGUUCGUCAACCUGAGCUUCACCGUCAUCUUUUUCCACUUUGACUACAAGGAUAUUUCCGAGAGUUUCCUGCUGGAUUUCUUCAUGGUGUCCAUUUUAUUUAGCAAGUUAAAGAGAGAGAGUGUUUGUGAUCUUCCUGGAGAAGAAGCCAAUGGACACCGGGGACAGAAGACUGGUGGCAGCGGGAAGCCCCCAGCUGGGUCCCCUGUGAAGGCUCUGCGGCAAAUCCAAUGGACCAGGGGAGAAAGCCACAUCCGGAAGCCAGAUGUGCCGCACCCGGGAGAGCUGUCAGGGUCCUCAAGCAACUGGGUAAAAGGCAAGAGUCUGAAGAAGGAGGAAGCUGUGGUCAGCAAUGUCAGUGGCUUCACAGAGGUCAAAGCCGAGGCUGAAAUGUCACCACUGCAUUGGCAGCAGAGGAGUCCUUGGCGAGAUCGAUGGCACAGUGGGGCUGACACUGUUCAAGUCGGGUCCUCAGGGUUGGGACCCUGGCUGUCCUGGCUUUGCAUCCUCUGUGCCUCCAGCAGCACCCUCGCUGUGGAGAGCUUGUAA